CGCUCUCACAGACCAGGCGCCAAGUGUAGCAGUCCCGUCCGCAGUCUGCCUCAGCACCUCUAACGCCCGCAAUGCCCUUGGAUACAGCCGCCGCGCUCAUUUUCACAGCGCACUGAUUGACGAGGUUUCCUGGAUCUUUACUUUUGGACUGUUGCGUACACUGUCCCGAGUCCUCUGCGCUGCAUGACGCGAAUGGAGAGCGUCCAAGGAUAACAGAGGGUGCAGGAUUUUGCUACUGCAGAAGACCUGCCGGUAGUUCGCUGCCCGGGGGGCUGCCUGUCCGUCAGAGGCUGUGGUGUCGCAUCCAAUAUUUUCAUGAUUUGAAAUCGCCUUGCAUGGAUGCAUCAUGGCUAGCUUUAUAUGCAGGGUACAGUUCUUAGAUGAUACUGAUCCAUUUAACAGCACCAAUUUCCCCGAGCCCACCAGACCACCUCUGUUCACCUUCAGGGAAGAUAUUCCUCUGAUUAAUCAGAUUGCUGGAGUCCACAGGGUGCUGAAAGCCCCGCAUAAGGCUGAUGACUGUGCCCUUCAGCUGUCCCAUAAUGGAAGCUAUCUGGACUUGGAGUCUACCCUGGCAGAGCAGAGAGAUGAACUGGAGGGAUUUCAGGAGGAAGGAGGGAGGGGCAAGAAACACAGCGUUAUUCUUCGAACGCAGCUGUCCGUCAGGGUUCAUGCCUGCAUUGAAAAACUCUACAACUCAAAUGGACGGGAGUUACGGAGAGCCCUGUUUUCCCUCAAGCAGAUUUUUCAGGAUGACAAGGACCUGGUGCACGAGUUUGUGGUGGCAGAAGGACUUACGUGCUUGAUUAAAGUUGGCGCUGAAGCCGACCAGAACUACCAGAAUUACAUCCUCAGGGCUCUCGGUCAGAUAAUGCUGUAUGUGGAUGGGAUGAACGGCCUCAUAUCUCACAGUGAGACGGUCCAGUGGCUUUACACGCUGGUCGGAUCUAAGUUCCGUCUGGUGGUGAAGACGGCCCUAAAGCUACUUCUGGUGUUUGUGGAAUACACCGAGUCUAACGCCACCCUGCUCAUAAAGGCUGUGAACGCUGUGGAUGCCAAAAGAGGCACUAAACUGUGGUCAAACAUCAUGGAGAUCCUGGAUGAGAAGGAUGGAGUGGAUACAGAGCUGCUGGUGUAUGCCAUGACACUUAUAAAUAAGACUCUGGCUGGCCUCCCAGAUCAGGACUCAUACUACGACAUGGUGGACUGUCUGGAGGAGCAGGGCGUUGAGGCUGUGGCCCAGAGACACUUGAGCAGGAAAGGCACCGACCUCGACCUUGUCGAACAGUUCAACAUUUACGAGCUGACUCUCCGCCAUGAGGACGGAGACGACGAAACCCAGCUGCCUCCCAGCGUCCGCAAGGAGCGCCGGCGGGCCAGUGUUGGUGGUUCCAACGAAAGGCGAGGCCUGGAGAGAAGACGCAGCCGAAGACACUCGCUCCAGAAUAGCAGAGGCCAUGCUUCUGCCCCGGCAUCACCUAGCAGUCCUCACACUCACGCCAGCAGCUUUCUGCCGUUUGGUGGCCAACGUGUUGAAGACAUCAGUGAAAGUCUGACAGAUAUAAACAACUCUCCCACACCUUACACAGCUAGAAAGCCCUGCUGGGCUGAAAGAAUCAGUGCCAAUGGCUCUCCAUACCCUGGCAGGCACCAGGCUCCUACAUCACCCAUCCAUCGCUUCAGUAGUUCAGCAACCUCCACACCAGAAUCCAAACCAGUUGACAGACCUGCUCUAGGGGGUUUGUUGACUUCAUCAUACAGACAGCAUCAGGAGUCUCUGGCUGCAGAGAGAGAAAGGAGACGCCUGGAGAGAGAAGAGCGCCUGCAGAGAAUCGAAAGAGAAGAGAGGAAUCGCUUUAAUCGAGAUUCUGUUGACAAGAGGGAAGAAGCGAGACAAGCCAGAGAGGAAAGGUACAAGAACGUUGAGAGGCUUGCUGCAGAGGAGUUUGAGCGGGAGCGCCCCAGAGCGCCAACAAGAGGACGGACAGAGAUCACUUUGUGUUUAAGUUCCAACCCUGCCAGCCGCUCUGUGUCCCGCUGUGCCACACCCUCGUCCAUUGUCUCACAGGAAGACACGGUCGUCACUGCACAACAGAUGUCAGGAACAGAACAUAUCUCAGAGCCAGACCUUGACCCACAGACCAGAACUAAAAGUCCAACGCCAGAGUUAACAGCAUCAGAACCUUCCCCCACGCCUCCAUCCAAGCCAGACAAGCAGCAGACUGAGACAGAGUCGCCUGCAGAGAUGGAGGAUGUUGCUGAGACUCAGUCUGACCAGAAUGUAGUGGCGGAGCCGGCGUCAGAUGAACAGUCAGGCAUAGAGAAAGAAGAGAGGCAGGAGCAAGGGAAGCUUGAGGUACAGACACAAUGCAUGGAUGAGGUAGAGGUAGUGGAGCAGGUAAAAGAAGAGGAGGCAGCAGAUGUAGCAGAGGUGGCAGAGACAGAUGUGGAAGUGAAUGUCGAGUUAGAGGAGGAGUUUGAGAAGGAGCAGCCGACGGAAAGGGAUGUAGAGGACAGUGUACUGCUGAGUGAGAAGGAGAGACAGAAUGAGGAAGUGAAUGAAAAGGACAAUUGCUCUGCGUCCAGCAUCUCCUCCACGAGUAGCACUCUGGAGAGGGAGGAGCGCGAGGAGAAACUCACCAAUGACAUUGAAGCAGGGCAGUGGACCAAGUGCAUCAAAGAUGCAGAUGUGAAUGACCAGUGCAACAAAAUACUCAACAGCAAGCGCUUCAUGCUGGACAUGCUCUAUGCUCAGAUGACAGCGAGCAAAGAUGAAGGGAAUGUAGCAGAAACUGAGAAAGAAAACUGUAAAUGUGAGAAGGAGGCAGAGGUCAGUGACUCCUCUGUGGCCAGCUUGGCCAGCAGAAUCUCCACACUGGAGGCUCACAGACAGGCCAGAGAAGAAAAUGUGAAAAAACUGGAAGUGGGACAUCUGGAUAACCAGGGCAGCGUCCGAGCAGUGGCCGAGAAGUUUGGAGAUUUGGUCAAAGGCCUAACGUCUCCUCCUGAGGUCGAGGCCUCAAAGGAGCAGCAGCAGCAGCAGACUGACAAAUCGUCAACUGCUGCCUCAUCAGCCUUACCGCCAAAGAAAGAGUCAGACUAUAUCUGGGAUCAGCUGAUGGCCUCACCCAGGGAGCUGCGCAUCAAAGAAAUGGACUUCACGGACCUGAGGGAUGAGGACGACAUGGACAUUUUAGAUAUGGACAAUGUGAUGGGGUCAGGUGACCUCAUACCUCCUCCUCCUCCUCCGCCAUGCAAUGCUGCCCUGCCACCACCACCGCCACUGUUUGGGUGCCCCCCUCCUCCUCCCAUCCUUGGCAAAAUGAUGCCCCCACCCCCACCAUUCAUGGCUCCUAUCCCUCCGCCCUCCCCUCAGCUGAGUCGAGGGGAGAUGCCUCUCUUCCAAAAGAAGAAGAAGACAAUUCGUCUCUUCUGGAACGAAGUGCGUCCAGUGGACUGGCAGUGUAAGAGCCAUAAAUUCUGUAAAGAGUCCCUCUGGUCCAAACUGGAGCCAGUUAAACUGGACACAUCCAAGCUGGAGCAGCUGUUCGAGUCCAAAUCCAAGGAGCUGCCUGUCACAAAGAAAGCGGCUGUCGAUGGCAAACGACAAGAAAUCAUAGUCCUGGAUUCAAAACGCAGCAAUGCCAUCAACAUUGGCCUGACUGUCUUACCUCCUCCUCGCACUAUCAAGACAGCUAUCCUCAACUUUGAUGAGUACGCACUGAACAAGGAAGGGAUUGAGAAAAUCCUGACAAUGAUCCCCACAGAGGAGGAGAAGCAGAGGAUCCAGGAAGCUCAGCUGGUCAACCCUGAUAUUCCCCUGGGCAGCGCUGAACAGUUCCUUCUUACCCUCUCCUCCAUCACAGAGCUGUCUGCUCGCCUGCAGCUGUGGGCAUUCAAGAUGGACUAUGAGCUCAUUGAGAAGGAAGUGGCAGAGCCUCUGCAGGACCUGAAGGAGGGGAUGGACCAGUUAGAAAAAAACAAGACGCUCCGCUACAUCUUGACCACAUUGUUGGCCAUUGGCAACUUCCUCAACGGCACUAAUGCUAAAGGCUUUGAGCUGAAUUACUUGGAGAAAGUCCCGGAGGUGAAGGACACGGUUCAUAAGCAGUCCCUGCUGCACCACGCCUGCACCAUUGUGGUGGAGAAGUUUCCAGACAGCACUGACCUCUACUCUGAGAUAGGAGCCAUUACCCGCUUGACUAAGGUGGACUUUGACCAGCUUCAAGACAAUUUGUCCCAGAUGGAGCGAAGGUGCAAAGCAUCAUGGGAUCACCUCAAGGUUAUUGCGAAACAUGAGAUGAAACCAGCAUUGAAACAAAAAAUGUCUGACUUCCUCAAAGAUUGUGCAGAGAGAAUCAUUAUUCUGAAGAUUGUACAUCGAAGAAUACUCAACAGGUUUCAUGCCUUUCUGCUGUUCCUGGGCCAUCCGAUUUACGCGGUACGUGAGGUCAGCAUUCAUCGCUUUAGCAAGAUCCUGAGUGAAUUUGCCCUGGAGUAUCGUACAACAAGAGAGCGCGUGCUCCAGCAGAAACAGAAGAGGGCCAACCACAGAGAGAGGAACAAGACCAGGGGAAAAAUGAUAACAGAUAGUGAGGAUGACGAUGACAGUGAGAGUGGUAAAUUUGGCAGUGGCCCAUCAGAUGCACAGGAGAACCAGCCCCAGGGUAUCCAGUAUGCUGAAGAUGCAGCUGAACAUGAGAACAUGAAGGCUGUACUUAGGAGUAGCCUGCAGGGUGGAGAUAGUGUGACGUCCACAGUGCCAGGCCUCCGUUCACGCACCAGAGCCAGCAGCACCAGAGGGCGUGUUCCCCCAUGGUGCUCUGUCAGUGAUGACCCAAUGAACUGCACAGAUGAUACAGCUGAUGAGAUCAUGGAGAGGAUUGUUAGGUCAGCCACUCAGGGGCCCAGCCAACGGACACAACCUCGGGAGAGGAGACGAUCCAGAGCUAACCGGAAAUCAUUAAGAAGGACACUGAAGAACGGUCUGACAACAGAGGAGGCAAACGCUCUUGGCUUGUCCAGUGGUUCAGAGAUGCAGGUGUGAGCCGGAAACGAGGACGCCUGGAAGCCCUUUCACUGCCCCUCCAGUGCCCACAUUCAACCUGGCAGCCCGCUCCACUCUGGCUUAGCACUAAAUUCCCUGCCUCCAGCUUUGAUGAGUUGACCUCAUCUUUAUGCGUUUUGUUCACAUAAGCUUGACAUAAGUGCUUCCUCAAGAGAGUGGAAAAAGGUUUCAUUCAUGAACUGAUGGAAAAAGAGAGCAUAAACAGAGCGCUGCAUUCAAACCACUAAGCUUUGAUUUCGCUGGAUAAACAUUGAUGACGUGCACUCACAAGGCUUAAUUACAAUCAUCCUAAGAACAUGACAUUGCAUACAAACACCUGCGCAAAAAUGUGCUUUUUAAGGCGGAGGGCAUCAAAAGAGUUGGCAGUGCGUGUGCUUCACUCUCAGUGGCCUUGACUGAAUCCAAAGGGCAAGAGGUGUGGCACAGACACUAAACUGUCCGCUGCUUGGGUUUUAAGUCAUUGCUGCAGCUUUAGUGACAAACUGAAAGACAUUUCAUCUGUUGAAUAGAUGGCUUUGAGGGUUAUUCUGUUAUAUACUACUGUGGUAGUUUUGUGUUUCUUUUUAUUUUGCUCAAGAGGGUGCUCAAAUAAGGAACAUUUGCACUGGAUGUAAAAGUUGGGUAUCAAUGGAAUGUGAAAUCCUUGACACUGAUGAACCACUGACAUCUGAAACUAUACUCAACAAUUAAACCAGCAAAAGAACAGUAGCACAGUUUUUAAAGUCUAAUUUAAGUGGACACAUUCAAGGCAGAUGAGGAUCGAAGGCUUUGUCUCAAAUGUCUGUUAGUUGAUUAGAUAAGAAGGAAUUGAUCAGAGAAACAUUUUUUUAAAGAUAACAGUCAGUUACUGAUGUUAAGACUGGUGAUUCCACUAGUUUCUGACAAAUGCUCAUCAACAGUUUUAGCUUAAACAAAUCAUGUGACUUAUUCUUACUGAUUGAAGAGUUUGAGAUGGUUUAAGGAAGGCAGGCGCAGUGUUACUGGUGAGCAAUCUUCACAGUUAUGUUGUUUUAUUUUCUAGAAACUAUGAGCUGCACAUCUCAGAGUGCCUUUCAGAGACAGUUAUUUAUUAAGAUGUUUUCAGGGACAUAUAAUCAAGAAAUUGUUACUACAGAUGUGCAGUCUGCGAGGGCGGCGAGAGGAUAAUACUGCAACGUAUAUCGUUCACGAGCUGUGAUUUAUUUUUAACCAGUGUUUUUAAACUUGUCCUGGAAAAAAAAAAACACAAAAAACCCCCAUGUUAUGUCUUAGAUCAAAUAAUGUUAUGAAGAUAGCUUUAAAGUAUUUAUGACAACUUAGGGAUUGGUCAUGCACAUUAGCUGUAUCCUGUUGCCUUACUGUAGAAUAAGGACCUGCAUUGUUCUACUUUAGUCAAGAUCUAGGUUAAAAUGUUGAAAAUAGACCAGGCCAAAUUAAUUUACAGUUCAACAGGCAUCACUGGAGGUCUCAGUGAUUUGCACACGUGGAGCUUCAUUCUCUAACUAUGAAUGUGAACAUCAGGGGUUAAAUGAUAAUUAGUAAAACAGACACACAUGAAAUCUCCAUUAUUUAUCUAUUUUAAAACAUGUAAAUCUGUAUUGAGGAACCCACAGCUUAACUUUUUUUAUUAUGCAGGUCUAUUUUUGACUAUUGAUGAGCUCACUGUGCUAUUAAUUUGGAAUGGCCUUGGCUAAAUUUAUAACAUGCAUAAUUUCAAUUCAUAUCAUGGCAUGGUAACUUCAAUAGCAAAUUUUCACUGUGAUGGAAACACAGCCAUUGAGAGAAACAAUAAUCUAGCGCGACAUCAUCAUAAGGCUACAUAAAACCACACCAGCAGUACAUGUUUUUGUUUUCUUUUGUUAGAUUAACUGAAAACUAUUCAGCACCUUAGACUCAAUGUGUAGCAUGCAACUUAGUAGAACUGAAGUUAUGAGCGGAAAAACUCAUCGUGUUUCCCAGAUUGUACUGAUUUGUCAACACAGAAGUGUUAAGUAAUAUAGGGGGAAUGCUGUAAAAUGAUGUACAUGUCAUGACUGUCUUUAUGUUGUUAUUUUUUCUUUUUUUUUGCUCCAUGUGUAGAAUUGUGUAUAAUAGACUAAAAGCAGUAUUAUUCUAAAUAUAAUUUAAGCAAACCAAGCCAUGCAUGGUUUAAACGGUGUCACUUCUGCUUGAUACAAAAGGAGGUUCACUUUGGUUCUCAGAGCUGUAGGUUUGUGUUAUUAAACCUUUUUACUUCAGACUGUAGCUGAAAAAAUGUGGUGAAACGUGCAGUGAUGAAAUUCACCAGCUAGUCCUGUGGAAUCCCUUAAAAGCCUUUUGAUUUCAUUGCACUCAACAUUUUUUUCUUUUAAUUUAAUUUAAGCCCACCACACACACAAACAUUGCUGCCUGUGCCAUAACAUCACUGUGGAACUUGGACACAAGUGCUAUACAACCAAGGCUUCGAUUGCAUCUGUGCCCACACCAAAAACUAUGUAACAAGAUCAAUAAAAAGGCUCAUUAAGACGUCUUUUGACUGCUUUGUUUUUUUGUUGUUAUUUUUUUCCUGUAUCUUUAAAUUGGGUUUUAGAAAAAUAAGUGUCACAUCUAACACAUUUUGGAAAGAAAAAGCAAACAGUAAAACUUAAGCCUUUUUAUUUUCAGUCCACACAACCCAUGCUUCAAGUCACUUUAUGUUCAAGAGCAUAUAGAGGUCGAUGACAAGCUUAACCAGUAUCGCUCAUCUGGGGUUUGCACAUGGCCGUCAUACAGACCUCAUUUGGUCUUGUUUAAAAUUCCUAUAUGUCCACAGGUGUUAUGGAUCUAAAUGUGAUUAUGGUUUGCUUUUAAUAAAUUGCAGAGACAUAAACUAUGAACAAGACAGCUACCUACAAAAAGGGGGGAGGGGGGGUUGGAAAAUACAAUUGAGCAUCAAAAAAAAAAAAAAGCACAAAAAAUAAAAAUCAGCUGAAACAGUCUCAGCAAAUCCAGUGCAACCCAAGACAUGUUCUGCUUUAUACUAGCUGAAAACUUAAAAAAAGGGCACAUAUUAAGAAUUAUAUAAUUUGUAUAUCCUGAUCAUAAUUCAAAUUUAUCAAUAUACAUUUUCCCUGAACGAUUACUUUUGCACAGUACCUUUGAAUUGUAUAGAUAAAUUACAAAAUGGAGUAUUCCCUUUCCACCAGACGCAAUUUACUUUGUAAAACCCCUCAAUGACUGACAAGCAGAAAGCUUUUAUGCUGUUAACAUUUUAUAUUGCUACAUUUUAACAAAGAUUAACAAAGGGAUUUUCAGUUUUGCAUAUUUUCUUAGGUUUGUGGUUUUGGUGUGCAUCUGCACCAAUGAUGUCAAAUUAUUACUGAAAUAGCACCAAAAUACAAACGCCCAACUAUUUAAAGGCUGGGCGUUUAAAAAAGUGUUUUAGAAAUAGUACAUAGCAAGUGUGCAGUGCAGUUUAAUCGUUAACCACAAAGUGAUUAGUUUUAUAAAAUGGCAAAGAAGUAAACAACACUAACUGUAUAUUACCAGACACAUAAAGCUGAUCCUAAAUCAACACGGACAAGUCGGACCUGACUGAUGCAACCACUGACUUGUCUUCUAUCGCAGGGUCACUGUUAGGAUUUUAUCUUCUGCAAAGGACUCAAGUAGACUCAGAGCUGUUGUUGGACACAGUUACCGGUAACUGUUUGGUACAAUUAUAUUCUUUUAGAGCUGGCUUGAAUUAGAAAUUAAAAAAAGGAGACUUUGCCCUUGAUGCAUACAUGAUUCAGGUUGCCUUCCUUUUAAAAAUAGGUUUUGGAGAUCA